UGCAAGUUCAACAAAGAGCGAGCAGAGCAGUCAAGGUUUCAACUUUGAGCUGUUCGGCGUGACCCCGAUCACUGAGGCGCUGGAAAUCCCGGAGUUUGACUUGAAUUUGGGCCAAAAGAUCCAAACGCACGUCUGUGGAAAGAUAGACGCGCGGUUUUUGGCCACCCUGCUGUCGAAAAACUUCAACAAAAGGAAAAGUUUUCAGAGAACAGCCGCCGGUUCUUCAUUUCGUGCAGGAGGGGCAGAUGCUAGUCGUGGGGUACCACACAGCGGUCCUUUCAUCCCUUCACCUUCCAAGAGUGGUGGAGAGGAGUACGAAAUGAGCAGUGGCCUGGCAAAUGUUUUGAGGUAUCGGGGUCCGAAUAGAAAUGCUUCCACAGCAGGCAAAGCCGACCAAGAAACUACAGAGCCAGAACCAGAGGAGUCUGUCGUGAAAUCGCAGGUGCAGAUGAACCAUGAAGAAGAAACGCG